AUGCCUGAUGCCGCUCCUCCCUGCUCCAUCCAGGUUCAGGAUGUCUUUGGCGCUGCCGUCGCCGAAUCCUGCUUGCGAGGCUUCGACUUUACGCUCCUUUUUGAGGAGACCAUUCUAACAAUCCUGCCUCUCGGCAUCACAAUUCUUCUGUCUUUGCUACGUGUAUCAGCCCUCUGGAAUUGCCCUCAAAAGGCACAGAGAUCAUGGCUUUUCCUCCUCAAACUGAUGGUCUUUUCGGUUUAUAUCGCCCUUCAAGUUGUGCUUCUGGCGUUAUGGGCCAGUUCUGCCGCCCCUUCAACCAAGACCACUCUGGCGACGGCUUCAUUAACAAUUGCGGGCUUCAUACUGUUUGCCAAUUUGUCGUACUUGGAGCACACGCGCUCACUACGACCAUCGACGCUCGUUACCAUUUAUCUGGGCAUCUCCAUCUUGCUGGAUCUCGCACGUGUGCGCACUCUGUUCUUCAUUCCCGGCAGCCAGUCGGUUGCCAAAGUCAAUCUAGCCAGCUUCUGCGUCAAGCUCAUCAUUUUUGUGUUGGAGCUGACGGAGAAGCGGCGGCUACUCCUGCCCGCGUGGCAAGAUGCUUCUCCAGAGGCGGUGGGCAGUGUCUAUAAUAGAGUACUCUUUUGGUGGCUGAAUAGCCUUUUCAUGAAAGGGUUCCGCAACUUGAUCAGCAUAAACUCAUUACCGGCCCUCGAUACGGAGCUUCUCGAGACCGCAAAUCCAACAGAGCUCGUGGAGAAAUGGAACAGAGUGAAUGCGUCCAACCAAAAUGCUCUACUUUGGACAUUUCUCCUUCAUUACAAAUGGGACUUGUUAGCCGGUGUGAUACCGCGGUUGGCUUGCAUCGGCUUCACAUUUGCGCAGCCAUUUCUACUGGAAAGAGUCCUUGACUUCACGGCAGAACCGGUUGAGUCGUCCAGGAAAGAGUUCGCCUAUGGACUGAUAGGCGCAUACGCUAUUGUGUAUAUUGGGAAAGCUGCAACCUUUACUGCAUAUCAGCACAAGACGUAUCGCCUCCUCACAAUGUUCCGCGGCAGCCUCAUUUCUCUCAUCUUUUCCAAGACUCUUCGUAUGAGUGCUACCAAGAUUUCCGAUGCCGAAGCCAUCACCUUGAUGAGCGCUGAUAUUGAUCGCAUUGCUCUGAGUCUGGAGCUGGUGCACGAGUUUUACUCCAGUUUCAUCGAAAUCGCAUUGUCAAUGUGGCUACUGUACAGACUGCUCGGUGUCGCCAUGGCGGCUGCAACCGCCCAUGUAGUUGUAUGCCUAGUGUUAGGAAUACCUAUAGCCGCCGCUGCAGGCAAUGCCAACGUCCCAUGGUUGGAAGCUAUCGAGAGACGUUUGGCUGUGACGACGAAAAUGCUGGGUUCGAUGAAGGCAAUUAAGAUGACUGGCCUAACAGACGUCAUGUCCAGCGUCAUUACGAGCCUCAGAUCUUUAGAGAUUGGUGCGUCACGCCGCCAUCGUAUCUUUACUGUCUUGGAGGCCGUUACAUCAUACACAUCCGAUGCUUUCUCCUCCGUAUGGGGGUUUGGGGUCUUCAUUCUCCUUGCGCGAUCGAACAAUACUACGACAUUGACAGAAGGAAUCGCAUUCUCGGCAUUGUCCAUUUUUUCGCUCCAGGUCCAGCCUUUAACAUUUAUUCUGAAUGGUUUUGAAGACAUUCAAACAAUUAUUAACUCUUUUAACCGCAUACAAGAACAUCUAGCAUCCGAGGAAAGAGAAGACCCCAGAGACACUCCGGAAACUAGGAAGAAUCUCGACAGGGACUCCUCCGAGACUUCACUUGGUUUCGGAGAGCCAAAAGCAGUACCUCUGGGAUCUGUGUCUGCACUUGGCGACACAAAUGCUGCCAUUGUCAUCAAAGACGCCACAACUGGAUAUUCUGCCGAGUCAUCCAUUCUCAAUGGCAUAAAUCUGGAAAUUAGCCGCGGCAAAACGACCGUGGUGGUGGGACCAGUAGGAUGCGGCAAAUCAACUCUCUUGAGACUUAUUCUUGGAGAAAUGCCUGUGACUAGCGGAACAGUCUCGACAUCAUUCUCAAGGGCAGCAUUCUGUCCACAGUCUCCAUGGAUCACCUGGGGCACGAUCCAAAACAACAUCAUUGGCAUGUCUAGGUGGGACAAGCCCUGGUAUAAUACUGUGGUGAAAGCCUGCGCGCUCUCAGCGGAUUUCGAGCAAUUACGAGACGGGGAUCAAACCAACGUGGGAACUAGGGGCUCCCGACUUAGUGGAGGGCAGCAAAUGCGUCUUUCGUUGGCAAGAGCCCUUUACUCUAGAAAUCAAGUCAUGAUACUUGAUGACGUGCUCACCGGUCUUGACCGAGCCACCGAAGCAAGCAUUCUCGAUGCAGUUUUCGGCCCUAGCGGGCUCUUGAAAUCGUCACAGACUACCGUGGUGCUAACUACGAAUUCGAUCAACCAUGUGCAAUAUGCAGACUAUAUUGUUAUUCUAAACAAGGAUGGGACCGUUGCCGAGCAAGGCACAAGGGACUCUUUGUCGACCUCUGGAGGCUACAUAGAACGACUAUCUGGCAUAGUGCAGGGGACUACGGUUCGACCAGAGCUCGAACUCACCGAGGAGACGCUUCAGGAGCUCGGCCUACCUGACGAUGAAGAAGAACAAGAUGUCACGAGUCGCGGAACAAGUGAUUGGAGGAUCUAUUCUUACUUCAUUCACGUCGCGGGGAAAUGGACCUUCCUCCUAUAUCUCUUCGGAUGCGCAUGCUUCAUUUUCGGGCUCAACUUUCCUUCAAUCUGGUUGCAGUGGUGGACCAAUGCCAACGCAAAGACGCCCAACGACAAGAUUGGCUACUGGUUAGGCAUCUACGGCCUGCUGGGAGCCUUGGCGGUUUUGGGUUGUUUUGCCUCAGAUUGGAUAUUCAAUAUCAUUCUGCUGCCUAAAAUAUCGAGAAAGUUUCACGAGCUUUUGCUCGCGACAACCAUGAACGCACCAACAUCCUUCUUAACAUCAACUGAUGCUGGCCAAAUUGCCAACAGGUUUAGUCAAGAUUUGCAAUUAGUUGACAACGAUUUGGCACAUGCCCUAGACCAGACAGUUGUUCAGCUAUUUACUGUUGUUAUUUCUGCUGUUUUAGUCUUCACCGGCUCAGGCUACUUGGCCGCAACGGUCCCCGUGUGCAUCUUCUUUGUCUACAUGAUACAGUUUUACUAUCUACGUACAUCACGUCAGCUUCGAAUCAUAGACAUUGAAGCCAAGGCCCCUUUAUUCUCUCAGUUCCUGGAAACUCUGGCGGGCGUGUCCUGUAUCCGUGCCUACGGGUGGACAGACGACUACCUCCAACGCAAUUAUCAUGUGCUCAAUACAUCUCAGAGGCCCUAUUAUCUACUCUGGUGCAUACAAAGAUGGCUUAAUCUAGUUCUAGAUUUAAUGGUCGGCGGCAUCGCUAUUAUCCUCGUUGCUUUUGCAACCGCCACUGCCGGUGGAAAGACUGGCUAUCUUGGUGUUGCUCUAUUCGGCAUCAUUAAUUUUAGUGGCACGCUUCAGACUCUUAUCGCACAGUGGACACAGUUGGAGACGGCCCUUGGCGCCAUAAGCCGCAUAAGAUCAUACGUCUCAAACACUCCAUCCGAAAACCAAGGGGCCGAUACACGUCAUCCUCCGGAGGGCUGGCCAUUAAGUGGCACAAUCGAGUUUAGUAAUGUCUCGGCUUCUUAUCAGUCUUCUCAAGAGCCAGUCUUGAAAGAUGUCAAUCUAUCCAUCACUGCUGGCGAGAAGGUGGCCAUUUGUGGCCGUACAGGCAGUGGCAAAACGUCUUUAAUCUCCACGUUAUUACGCCUUCUUGAGCUGGAUACGGGAAGUGUUACUAUUGAUGGCGUGGACAUUAGUACGAUUCCCCGGCAGGAGGUGCGCUUACGGCUGAACACGCUACCUCAAGAGCCGUUUUUCUUACAAGCCAGUAUACGCGAUAAUGUUGAUUUAUUGCACUUAUCCGAUGACGAAUCUAUUAUUGCCGCUCUUCGGUCCGUAAAUCUGUGGCAGAUGCUGGAGGAACGCGGUGGGCUGGAUGAGAUGAUCAGCGAAGAGCUUCUCUCUCAUGGGCAGCGGCAGCUAUUCUGCCUCGCACGCGCCAUUGUGAAGCCCAGCAGUAUCGUCAUUAUAGAUGAGGCAACCAGCAGUGUCAACUCGGAUGAAGAAGAAAUAAUGGAGCGAUUUCUACAAGAUGACUUUCGUGGCCGAACCAUCAUCGCCGUCGCCCACAAGUUACACACAGUGUUGGACUUUGACCGUGUUGUGCUCAUGGACAAAGGCCACAUUCUUGAGAAUGGUAAUCCGCGGGAGCUUCUCGCGAACUCUGAGUCUGCUUUCCAUUCUCUGUACAUGAGCUUAUCUACUGUAUCUGAGAAGAAACAAGGCCAAUAA